AUGGCACGCUCCUUCAGAGUGAUCGCGCACCCUGUCCACCUUUCGAUCUUAUCUCGAUCGUCAAUUUCAGGUUUCCAACCCCUUUGGCGUCAAAAGCUCGACUCGGUGUCUUUCAUGCGGUCGUGCACCACUCGGGCCGAGAACCAUCACGUCAAGUAUAACUGGAUCCAGGGUGUGGAGACACUUGAGUUAUACCAGCCUGGAGGGUAUCAUCCCAUCAUGUUGGGUGACGUGUUACAUGGCCGUUAUCUCAUUGCAGACAAACUUGGCUUUGGGGCCUAUUCAACGGUUUGGCUUGCCCGAGAUACUCAUAUGAACCGAUAUGUUACUCUCAAGGUCAGCAUAGCCAACUCGAUUCAGUGCGAGACGAAAAUUCUCAAGGCUUUGUCUGCUCCGGCUCCGUCGUCUUCACUAAAACAUCCUGGGCGUGGUUCAGUACCUGUUUUCCUAGAUGAAUUCGAAGUGCAAGGUCCUAAUGGAAAACAUACAUGCUACACGGUGGCCCCUGCACAAUGCAACCUUAGAGAGGCCUCAUUUAGCUGUCUUUUCCCCCUCGAGGUUGCUCGAUCACUAUCAUAUCGACUCGCACAGGCCGUUGCUUAUACACAUUCACAAGGCUAUGUCCAUGGAGAUAUUCAUCUAAAUAACAUUUUGUUCAAGCUGCCGUUAGGUUUCGAUGAGCUUUCUAUCAAGCAAUUCUAUGAAAGAUUCGGCGAACCCGAGACAGUCCCUAUCACACGACGUGACGGAGAACCAUUACCCCCUAACGCCCCACCCAAAGCUGUUGUACCGCUAUUCAUAGGGAAAUAUGCGGAGAAGUACGCAUUAUCCGACGCGCACCCACUUUUAACUGACUUUGGCGAGGCGUUUUCCCCCGCUUCGGAAACUCGUCUUGGGCAAGACUGCCAUACGCCCAACGCGUUUCGGGCUCCAGAAGCCAAGUUCGAAUCGCAAGUCCCGCUCGCAUAUCCCUCAGAUAUCUGGAGUCUGGCUACGGCAAUCUGGGAGAUUAUCGGAAUGAAGGCCAUCUUUGGCACCGAUUUUGUGGAUGAGGAUCAAAUAGCGGCUCAGCAUAUUGAUGUACUAGGACCUAUGCCAUCGGAAUGGUGGCAGCGCUGGGAAUCACGAUCUCGGUUCUUCGAUGAGCAUGGCCAUCCAACGGAGUCCUACAGGGAAAAUAAAUGGCCUCCUCUUGAGAAAUCAUUUGAGAUCGGUGUGCAGGAAUGGAGACGGAAGAUGGGAGGCGAGAUUGAGGAAGAAGAGAAAGUUGCGUUUCUGGAUUUGAUGCGCCGGAUGCUGUCAUUCCGGCCAGAAGAGCGACCGACUGUUGAAGAGGUGCUAAUGUCGGAUUGGAUGGUCAAAUGGGCAUUACCUGAUUGCGAGCGGAGCUAA